AUGGAUGUGGUCCCUGAAAGCGCUAUGUAUCCCACAGUGAGUGGACCAGCCUGCUUGCCCCAGGUCUAUGUUACAGCUCCACCUCGAAGAGGGCGAAGAGGUCGCCCCCGCAAACGUCCCUUGCCUGAAUCAGAUGUUUCCCAAAAUUUCAGUGGAAUUUCACCACCUGAUCCGAAAACCACGAACCCUCCAGGUCCAUCCCUGAUGCACACCGCAGCUCUCCCAGCAGCCAAUCAGAGCAGCCUCGCUCAGCCAAUGGACUGGCUUAUAGAUGACGUCAUUGCGCAGCUCCCAUUUAUGCCCAACAAUCAAAAUGGAAUAACGAAUAAUGCAACUGUAGAUUCCAACAUGGAUCAUCCAAGAACACAGUCCCCAGUUAAGCUCACGGAUCUGGGUAUAACCCAACCGCAUUCUGAAGGUGAGCUGUCUGACAUACUUGAUCGUGUUCUGAGAACGUUUGAGCAACACGUUAGUGUAUGCGAUUCAGACGUUCAAGAUGGGAUGGUGCCCAACAUAACAGAUGGAACCCAGACCUGUGGACAAUCCUCACAGAAUUACACAGUCCACACACACACAUCAAAUGCACAUGCCACUUCUAUGACCACAACAACACAGGGAUCAAAAGCCUCAUUAUCCAAGAACAGACCACGAGUAUCAUCUGCUCGUAGACCACAGAAGCCAUCAUGUUUUUGGCAGGUGUCAGGUGUGAAAAUGGAUAAAUCAACCGGACAGCAAAGUGAACAGAAGCCUAAAUCUGGCAGGAUGACCAGAAGCCAGAGUAGGAAGAGGAAGCUGGAUGUUAUUGAAGAACUGCCUAGGAGAGACGAACUUCCAGCCAAACGGAAGAAAAAACUAAAAAAAGAACAAUUAGAGAAGAUGAAGGUAGAGGCUUCGCUACCAAAGAAGAAAAAGAGAAAGAAUAAAACUAGCAGGCUGCAUAGUGAGGAAAAGUGCACCAGCAGCACAGCUGACUCAAGCUGCUGUGUUACGAGUUCAUUAAGGAAAGUCAUAAACACAACUAGUGGCCACAACGUGAAGUGUGCCAUACAAACAACAAAGACAUUACAGAAGACUUUGGUUCGGUCAAAAUCUUCAGAGUUGCAUGCUAACAAACAGUCCAGUCUUGUAAAAAAGAAACAAGUGGGACAUGCUAAAAGAGACUAAACAACUAAAUCUCUUCUAGAAGGAAGUACGUUAAAGGUGCAGUGCAUUACAGGGAGUUCACGACCCAAGCAAUCAGCCACAAAGAAUAAAUCCACUGGGUCCCGUCCAGCUCUUUCUGCUUUUGAGUUAAUGAAAAAGAUCUUGGAAAAGAGAAAGCAGAAAAGAGAGGAAGAGCAAAAAGGAGAAGAUAACAGAAUGUGGACUGUGAAAAAAAAGAGGUUGAUAAAUGCACAUGUACGUGGAGCUGAGGUGAAAAUGACUGAGAAUAAAGAGAAGAAUGCUAGAAUCAGGGUUGAAGGGCACAAUAAUAGCAGAAUAAACCAAAAAGAUGAGGAAACAAAUGGGAGAAUGAAGGAGGCUGGCAAUCAGAAGAACAUUCUUCUUCAGCAGAAUCUGCCAUCAGCUAAUGGUCGCACCAUGUCAAAAGGAGAGAGACUGAUGGAGGACAGCUACAGCAAAGCAAGAUCUGAGACUGCUGACUCUCUCAAUGAUUCUCCAUUGCAAAGAUGCAGCACAGAAGGCCUCAUGCUUAAAAACACGACAUACAUGCCUUUUGUCUCACAUGCACUG